GCCCAGCUUGGCUUGCCGCAAUCGGCUCUAGCAGACGAACUCACCACGCUUCAUCAACGGCUUGCUGCUUGUGUCGAGGAACAGAUUGAACUGCGCAGGCAGGAAGUCGACAAGUGGAUGAACAAAUGCGAUAUUAUCGAACGCGAAUGUCUCAAGUAUGCAAAGGCCUUGGGUGGACAUACCAAGGUCAUUUCGACGAGCAUAGGAGAACUGCGCAAACAGCAAGUCCUUCCCGUCCGCCAUGAGAUGUUGAGCCAACAUCAAGAGAAGCUUGAUCAUUUGUAUAAGGCGAAAAUUGAGCAACUGCAGAACCUGACAAACCGAGUUUUGUCGCUCUCCAGCACACUCGGUCCAGAAUUUUUCGCCCUGGACCUCACAGAACCUCCACCGGCAUAUGGUGAAAGCGUCUCGGAGGCGCAGCCAUUACGCGAAGUGACUCCAGAGCGAUUUUCCAAACUAGAGAAGGAAUUAGCUCGUGGCAAGGCGGAAAUCAAUCGACGCUUGCAACAACUAUCCGCUACCUUCUUGCAAUUAGACUGGCUUUAUCAAGAGCUGGACAUUCCUCCUCCUUCAUGCGAGGAUGAAGACGUUUUCGCUGCUUCAUCAUCGUUGAAGCCUCCUAUGACGCAGAGAAUUCCGUCUAUAUCUCGCGAGUCUGGUGAUCCAUUUCUCUCCUCCGUUUCAUCAAUUGGAACGCCAACUCCCUGUCCGCGCGGAAAAUCCAGUGGCUCUCUGGUUAUGGAACCCGAACGCACUCCGGAUUAUAAUAGGAUAUAUACCAAUUUCUUGGUUCGCGUAGACGAGGCAGAGUCAGUAGGCAAAUCCGUCGAGUCUAAUCCUCUGAUCGGCCUUGAAGGUGUCCAGCCGACUGUCGAGCUCAUGGCUUGGGCGGAAGAAACGAAGAACGCGCUCGAGGAGACCAAAAAGCGGCGCGAGACUCAUAUUCAGGCUAUGUACGAUCAGCUCGAAGCACUGUGGAAGCGACUUGGUGUCGAAGAUGAAGACAUUGAUGGCUUCGUCGAGAAUAACCGGGGUAGUACCGAGGCAGUCGUUCGAUCAUAUGAAGAGGAACUAGAACGCAUGUUAGAGCUUAAGCGGGAACGUAUGAGCGUGUUCAUUGGAAAUGCACGUGAGGAGAUUGAGGUACUUUGGGAUGAGCUUAUGUAUGGCGAAAUGGAACGUGCUGAGUUUGCGCCUUUCACUGAUGAUGAGCAUUCUGAAGAUCUUUUAACUACACACGAGGACGAAAUCCGAAGACUGAAAGAGGAACGGCGAAUAAAGGCACCCUUGCUUACAAGCAUUCGGAAGUACUUCGAGAUAUGCGAUGGUGAGAAGGAACUCGCGGCCGCUGCCCAAGAUCAAAGUAGAUUAUUGGGCCGAGGGCCGCGAGAUCCUGGCCGACUUCUUCGGGAGGAGAAAAUGCGGAAACGUGUUAAACGGGAGAAGCCAAGACUUGAGCAAGAACUUUUGAACUCUAUUCCAGCUUGGGAAGAGGCUGAAGGCAGACCUUUCCUUGUUAAUGGUGUCCGAGUCAUGGAGGUGCUUGAAUCGUUAGGUGCAACAGCCAAAGAGAGCUCGCGUCAGACCAAGACUAGAGCUGGUUCUGUCCCCGCACGAUCGACGACACCUCAAACGGGCAUCAAACGCAGCGCGUCGCGGAGCGCGAGCUCUGAUUCUGAAUCAAAUCCGAACAAGAGAGCUAGGGUUGUAUCGACUACUUCUGGACAGUCGAAGGCGCGGGCAGUCUCUGUGAAGAAGGAACCCCAGGAGUCGCGUGUACCCUCGAGCCGUGUUCCGUUCAGUAGUCGGAUUGGAACUUUCAACUCUAACGCGGGCUCGUCGACGCAAAAUGGCGCGCCUUCAACUCUGAAAAAAGGUACGAGAACCCCAUCUGUGGCAUCCGUACCUCGACCUGCCAGUGCUUCGUCAAAGGCACCUAUUGCAUCAACUCAACGAGUUACUCGUGGAGCGGGUAUUGGAUUAGGACAUCCUUCCUCCGCACAGCGUGGGCGACCAAUCUCGGCUUCUGCGUCGGCAACUACGGGAAAGACGUUCUCACUCAUGGGAACAGGGCGGACACCGCGAGGUGUCGGCCCUGCGAAACGGACGCCGAAGAGGAACAAUCGGAAGGAGAGCUUCCGACCGAGACCGAGUACCGUCGGUGCAUUACCGAGUCGGUUUGGUGGUCCUUUUGAGUUUACCGUCCCAGAGGAGGACGGGUAUUGAUGUCUUUAAUUUUGCGCCCUUUGACUUGCGAGCUGGUGGUUCUUCCUUGUCUAUCACCAAUCAUCUUCAUCUUCCACGUCCGGUACGAUUCUUGUGGGUGUUCUUGUCCUUCUAGCCUUU